GUCGCCGGACGGCAACGUCUAUUGGUCGACGGAAAAUUAGCCAACGUCAAUCCUCUUGUUUUAUAUACGUGUGCCUCUUUUUUCGCGGCGCGCUACUGUGAUAUUUUAGGCGCCCGCCGAAUUUAGCGGACUUCAGAAACGCGGCUGGCAAGCGUAUCAAUCACGAGCGCGCGCUUCGCGUCGUCUGCCUGUCUGUGCAUUUCUGUGAUAAAGCAUCGGGCGAUUAGGAGGCAGUGGAGCCACCGGCCUUUCGCGUCCGACUUCCUGAUCUUCAGGUAGCGGCGGCGGCGGUGGUGGCACCAGCGUACCGUGGCCCAACUCGUUUCUGUUAUGAACCUGGCUGCAUCGAAAUAAUCCCGAGGUUUGAACGAUGCAGCGAAUUCCGAGGUUGGGCGCUCUGAUGCGCGGCGACGUCAAGCAAAUUUUGGAGCGCGCGUCAGUGAUUUUGAAGCGCUCGGUGCGUUCGGCUUCGACGCUGGACCGCCUCCUACCAGUGCACGAUGACUUCUGCAGCAGACAUCUCGGACCGAGAGAAAAAGAUCAGAAAGCCAUGCUCCAAUACAUGGGACUCAAGAAUAUUGCCGAGCUCAUUGACAGGACAGUGCCUUCCAGCAUCAGACUCAACAGGGAAAUGAAGCUGGAUGGACCACUCCGGGAAGAAGAGCUGAUGGAGAGGGCACAGACCAUUGCAAACAUGAACCAGGUGUGGCGCUCUUAUAUCGGCAUGGGCUACUACAACUGCCUGACCCCUCCCACCAUCAUGAGGAACGUCUUCGAGAACCCCGGAUGGACAACGCAGUACACGCCGUACCAGGCGGAAAUUGCACAAGGUCGCCUGGAAAGCCUGCUCAACUACCAGACGAUGGUCACCGACCUCACGGGCCUGGACGUUGCAAACGCCUCGCUCCUUGACGAGGGGACGGCGGCGGCCGAAGCCAUGGGACUUUGCUCCCGGCACACCAAGAGGAAGAGGUUCUACGUUUCGGACAAGGUUCAUCCCCAGACGCUCGCCGUUGUCCAGACAAGGGCAGACGCCUUGGGGAUUGAGGUGGUUGUGUCGGACUGCGCCUCGAUGGACUUUUCCAAGAAGGACUUCUGCGGGGCGCUCUUCCAAUACCCGGACACCGAAGGAUCUGUCCAAGACUUCUCGGAGCUGGUCCAGGCGUGCCACGAUGCAAAGGCUCUGGCAGUGUGUGCGACCGACCUGCUGGCGCUGACGGUGCUGAAGCCGCCCGGGGAGUUUGGCGCUGACAUUGCCGUGGGCACCAGCCAGCGUCUGGGGAUCCCGCUCAACUACGGCGGCCCGCACGCCGCCUUCUUCGCCACACGCAACUCCCUCAUGCGACUCAUGCCCGGCAGGGUGGUGGGAGUCACCAGGGACGCCGAGGGUGGGAAAGCCUACCGGUUGGCGUUGCAGACGCGGGAGCAGCACAUCCGGAGGGACAAGGCGACCAGCAACAUCUGCACGGCGCAGGCCCUGCUCGCAAACAUGUCUGCCCUGUACGCCGUCUACCAUGGCCCCGACGGAGUGCGCGACAUUGCCACCAGGGUGCACCACUCGACACUCCUCCUCGCAACAGGUGUCGCGAAGGGAGGCCACGGCGUGAUCCACCCCGACUUCUUCGACACCCUGAAGGUUUCUCCGGCCAGCUCCCUGCAGGCCAUCAGGGACAGGGCGACGGAGAAGAGGAUAAAUCUGAGGUACUUCGAGGACGGAACGGUCGGCGUUUCGCUGGACGAGACAGUCACAGAAAGGGACUUGGACGACCUCCUUUGGGUUUUUGGGUGCCAGCAAAAGUCGGCCGACCUAGCUGAGGAGCUGGGCGAUCAGCCGAACAGGAGCAUUCUUCGGAGCAAGCACAAGCGAACCAGCAGCUUCCUUCAGCAUGCGGUGUUCAACACGUACCACUCUGAGACCCAGAUUGUGCGAUACAUGAAGCAGCUUGAGAACAAGGACGUCUCGCUCGUCCACUCCAUGAUUCCCCUGGGGUCUUGCACAAUGAAGCUGAACAGCACCACAGAGAUGAUGCCAUCAUCCUUACCCAACUUUGCAAACCUCCAUCCAUUUGUCCCGCCGGAUCAAGCCCGAGGCUAUGCACGGCUUUUCGAGGAGCUUGAGCAAGACUUGUGUGAAAUUACGGGCUACGACAGAGUGUGUCUACAGCCGAACAGUGGAGCGCAAGGGGAAUACGCUGGACUCCGAGCAAUCUCGUCAUACUUCGAUGCCAGGGGAGAGAAGCACAGAAAGGUGUGCCUGAUCCCCAUGUCGGCGCACGGCACCAACCCGGCGAGCGCCCACAUGGCGGGAAUGGCCGUUGACCCGAUCAACAUGGCCAAGGACGGGAGCAUUGACGUGGCACACCUGAAGGCAAAGCUGGACCAGCAUGCUGACAAGGUGGCCUGCAUCAUGAUCACCUACCCAUCCACCAAUGGCAUUUACGAGGAAACAAUCAGGGACGUUUGCGACCUAGUCCACGGGGCAGGAGCCCAGGUCUACCUGGAUGGAGCCAACAUGAACGCCCAGGUGGGGAUCUGCAGGCCGGGCGACUACGGAUCGGACGUCUCCCACCUGAACCUGCACAAGACCUUCUGCAUCCCCCACGGAGGGGGCGGACCCGGCAUGGGACCCAUCGGAGUCAAGGCCCACCUGGCCCCUUUCCUCCCCUCGCACCCCGUCGCGGAUCCCUCCGUGGCGCGGGGCGGAGACCCCCGGCACUCGUUCGGGGCCGUCUGCGCCGCCCCCUGGGGGUCGUCGGCCAUCUUGCCCAUCUCGUGGGCCUACAUUAAGAUGAUGGGGAGCCGGGGGCUGCGCCGGGCCACGGAGGUGGCCAUGCUCAACGCCAACUACAUGCGCAAGCGGUUGGACGCCCACUACAAGGUGCUCUACCUCGGCCAGAACGGAUUUGUGGCCCACGAGUUCAUCUUGGACAUGCGAGACUUCAAGAAGACGACGGGCGUGGAAGCGAUGGAUGUGGCAAAGAGGCUUCAGGACUAUGGGUUCCACGCACCGACGGUGUCCUUCCCUGUCAGCGGGUGUCUUAUGGUGGAACCAACAGAGUCGGAAGACAAACAGGAGUUGGAUCGGUUCUGCGACGCCCUCAUUUUGAUUCGGGACGAGAUCAGGGCGAUCGAGGAAGGCAGGAUGGACGCCAAAGUGAAUCCUCUCAAGAUGUCGCCCCAUCCCCAAAAGGUGGUGUGUGGCAACGACUGGGACAGGCCAUACUCUCGAGAACAGGCGGCGUUUCCUGCGAAAUUCGUGACUCCGGAGUCCAAGGUGUGGCCGACGGUGGGACGCAUCGACGACAUCUACGGCGACACCAAUCUCAUGUGCAGUUGUCCGCCGAUGGACAGCUACGAGCCCCUCUAGUCAUACCGACAGGCCUCACGAUGUGCCUCACAAUACGUCUGCGCUUUUUGCUCAAGUCUGCUUCAUAGUAAUUGCGUUCAAACUUUUGUCAGAUUGCAAAGUCAUAAUUUGCAAUGCGAAGGCUCUAUAUGGCUGUGCACAGAUAAUGAGUGUAUGCCGUGUUGGCUUUGUUGUGGAAACGGUGCCAAUAAGAGACAAACGCAUAUUUACCUUUAGGUAUUUUCGAAUGUGCCAAAGAAUGGUGGUUGCCAUACAUACAACUAUCAGACUCGCCAAAUAUUAUGUGCCAAUCUCUUUGCCUCGAGGUGCCUUGUGUAAAUUAUACAGUUUAUAUGUACAUUGACCCGAUUAAAUAAUAAGUGUGAUUAAA